UGACUAACGUAUUCAGGAAACAGAAUAUUUACGUUCUGUCCUUUUUUUAGUUUCUCUGCCUUCCUUUCCUCCCACAGCUCUCCCCCUCUCCUCUUCAAGGUGUCGUGUGCGCGCUCAGCAGGUUGCUAUUAAAUGGGCGGACUGUAGGCGCGGUCACGUCCACAGCAGCUCGGGUUGUGACUGUCACAUAAAAGCGCGCGUCCUGCCGGCCGGCCAGCGCAAUCUGUCUCUGCGAGACCGGAUCGGACCUGACCGACACCGGGGAUCUGAACCACCUCUCGUAACACAACGAAACCAGCCGCAACAGCUUCAGGAAUCAACACGAGAUCAGCUGACAUCUGCUGUUGACAUCAACUCAAGGACAGCCAUUCUGUAGCCUGCCUAGCGUGGGAUGCUGGAGCUGGGGAGAGCUGAAGGGGAGAUUUGAGGCCGACAGUAAAAGAGGUGUGGCAAAGUCAAUCAUAGGGGAUUCAAUAUUCAACUGCUGUUAUGUCCCACCCCAUCCCCCAGGCGAGGGGGAACUCUCCGGGUCCAGACGCGCAGAGAUCAUGGCCUCCAACUCAGCGAACAUCUCCUCCGACAAGCGUUUCCUCAUCUUCUUUGACUUCGAUGAGACCAUCGUGGAUGAAACCAGCGACGACCUAGUGGUGCAGGCCGCCCCUGGUCAGCACCUCCCGGGCUGGCUGAAGGACACCUACCAUCCCGGCCGCUACAACGAGUACAUGCAGCGCGUGCUGACCUACCUGGCGGAGCAGGGCGUCACCGAGAGCGACAUGCGCAGCAUCAUGGAGAAGAUACCGGCCACCCCCGGCAUGAUCACCCUCUUCCAGUUCCUCCGCACCCGGCCCCCGCAGGACUUUGAAGUUGUGCUGUUGUCCGACGCCAACACCUUCUUCAUCGAGUCCUGGCUGCGGCGUGCCGGUGCCCGCCCACUCUUCCACCGGAUCUUCAGCAACCCGGCCACCUUCAACAAGGAUGGUCGGCUGGUGAUGCGGCCCUUUCACUCCCACGACUGCCCGCGCUGCCCCAACAACUUAUGCAAGCAGGUGGUCGUCAGGGACUAUGUGGCUCGAAGGACGCAAGAGCGGGGCCGUCCGUACCAGAGGGUCUUCUACGUGGGGGACGGAGCCAACGACUUCUGCCCAGCGCUGUCCCUCGGGCCCCGGGACGUGGCUUUCCCGCGACGGGAUUUCCCCAUGCACCGGCUGAUCACGGAGACCCACGAAGCCAUGCCCGGGGAGUUCAAGGCUGUCACGGUGCCGUGGGUCAACGCGGAGGAAGUGGUGCAGAGGCUGAGGAAGCUGGUGGCAGAAUAGCCUAGAGGGGGGGGGGCACAUUGCAGAGACAGGAAGGAGAUCAGUAAGGGACCGAUUGACACUUUUAGUCACAUUCUCAGGUAAAAUAGUCGCAGAAACUAUCUUCCAGGCAAUACAAUCACUUGUACUGUCAGUAAAAAAACAAAGUGUGUCUAGUUGGCACGUGCCUCAGUCUAGCCUCUCUUGUUUUGUUCCAAAGGUCACUCAGAACAGAGGCAGGUUAAUGAUUAUGAAACCCUGCCGUUGUUACCCAAAGAGAGGAAAGCAAUGAUUAUUCCAGUGCUUUAUUAGGCCUAUAGGCAAUAGAGAAACCUUUAGAGUAUGAGUUGGUCUGUAUAUGUAUAAUAAAUACCCUAUUUCAAUGGGUAAUGGUGCUUUUGAGUGUUAACCUGGGUCAAUAGAGAAACCUAAGUAGCAGUACUAUUUCAAAUAUUAUGGAUGCUUAUGUUAACCAAGUGAUGGGUUGCUCUUUAAUAGCAAACGUGUUUUCUUAUCAUGCACUUUUUUAAUACGAAUUGUAAAAUAAUUCUCAAUACAGGAAUCUGAGUAGCCUACACUGCCACCUGAUGGGCAUUUCAACAUAUCUACAAGAUGACCAAACACUAUUUUUUUGUAUCAAUAUGCUUCUUAGAGAAAAUCCUUUGUCUAAUUUAGGAAUGUGUGACAAUGCUCUAUGGUUGUUUAUUUUGUGUAUCGGUCUGUUGUGUCUGUACUGUGUAGGCCAGGCCUACUGCAAGAUAUAUUAACACCAGCAGGAAUAAAGCCAUCAACUGAAA